AUGUAUUCUCACUUUAGUUUGAUAAUGGUUGUUUUCAUUUAUGUCAUGAAAACAUCAGUCGCUGUGCCACAUACAAAUACAACCGAAAACAACCUAACUGAAUUAAUGGAAGUGUUCAGAAACAGUAUACCAUUUUUCUCGCAAAUUCCUUUCAACGUUUCAAGUUUUGGAUUAUCCGAUGAAUAUAAUCUUAAAACACCGCAUUUUCCAUUUCCCAUCCGUCGUAAAAGAUCUCCAAUAUUUUUGACACGGCCAUUAACAGAUGGGCUUGGGGUAUCUAAAAUAUUUUCAACCCCCCUAAAACGUCACAUCAUGCUAUGUGACUUUAUUAAAAAACCCGGUGGAACAUGUGCUAGCUGUCACGAAGCCAUCAUCUGUCUACCCGGAAACGUUGGCAUCAUUAAACACUGCAGCUCGGCCCUCCCAUACUGCUUUAAAGGACGCUGCUCUAUAACGCCCAACGAUGAAUGCAAAAACACGACUUCUUCAACUAACACGGAUUCAACUCUUUCUCCUGCAAAAACUACUUCUGCGUCAAACACCGUUGAAAAUAAAACUGUUUCAGUGUCUCCUAACACAACUAAUUCUCCUACCACAACUCCAACGACUUCGUAACUACUCUUUAUUUGAUCCAUAGAUUCGUUAGUGAUCUAAUAAAUAUUAGGUUCA